CUCCGCUUAUAAAUGAAAUCACUGUUUUGUAGCCGUGUGUAAAUACUGGAUAUUGACAAGUGACGACCUUCCAAGCUGAUCCCUUUUUGUUUUUCAAGUUUGAUGUUUUGCGGGCCUGAUCCCACAUUCCACAUACAUCCAUCACGUAUUGGGCCCUCAAUGUCGCUUCCAGUAGCCAAGGCUUUUUGUUUCUUCGCGAAACGGAGACAAGAGAGAGAAGGAGACGCUAAUGGUUCUCUGUAAACUUGGUUAAUUAUCAAACCCUCUAUAUAUUAUUCGAAAUCUUCCUGUUUUUUUGUUUAUUCAGCUCUACUGGGUUUUUUUAUGCCUUUUCAUUCUCCUUUUUUCUGUUUAACUUAGUUUCUUUGUUCAUCGAGAAAAAGCUAUUUAGACCGUCUUGUUGUAAUUUUCCUGCUGCUUCAGUGUUAGAGAGAAAAUUUCUAGAAACCCAUCAAACGAUAUUACCCAGUAAAAUUUGUGGCUUGAUUUUUCUUUGUACUAUUUUAGUGUUGCCUGUUUUUCUGCUCCAGCUACUUUUUGGUUUUUUAUAACAUUGAAUUUAGUAGGAAAAGAAACACACCUCUUCACCAACAAAACCCAAGUCAAACCCCCCAAGGAAGAAGGGAAAGAUAUGAAAUUGGGUAUAUCUAAAUUAAUUGGAUUUAAAGCAACAGUUCUGUUCUUGACGUUUGUUUAUCUUAGAGAUUCAGGCUGGACGCUAUUCUCAAUUCCCUUCUUGUAUGCAUCUUUGGUUAGUUUCUUGGUCUCGAUAGCCUCUCAUCCAGCUAUCMAUCUUCCUCUGCUUCUGGGGAAAAGCUCAGAUGGCACGUUUCCCAUUUGGUCGUUAGUUCUGUUUGGCCCAUUCUUGUACUUUGUUCGGGGUUUUGGGCUCUUGCGGAGGUUGAGGAGUAGGGAGCCCCCUUACACUGAAGUAUAUGAGGGUUUAUAUGUUGGGGGGUGGCCUUAUUCAUUGGAUAAAUUGCCUCCCGGCGACCCCGCCAUUAUUGAUUGUACUUGUGAACUCCCAAGAAAUCCAGCUUUCUCUCGAAAUGCUUAUCUAUGCAUUCCAACGUGGGAUACAAGAGCACCUCAACUGUUGGAAAUUGAUAAUGCUGUUCGUUGGGCUUGUAGAAAGAGAUCUCAGAACAAGCCAGUCUUUAUCCACUGUGCGUUUGGCCAUGGAAGAAGCGUUUUGGUGAUGUGUGCUGUCUUAGUUGCCAUGGGCAUUGCUGAAGAUUGGAAAAAAGCAGAGAAGAUAAUUAAAGAACGGCGACCUUAUAUAAGCAUGAAUGCUCUUCAUCGCAAAACCUUGGAAGAAUGGUUGAAACAUCGUCUUACUUCUAAAAGGAAUGAAGCAUUGGAUGUGAGUUCUGUGAUUCUGGCUGAUGCUUCUCGAAGCUAGAGAAUAGAGAUAUCAAAGUUGAAAUUUGAAAAACAUUCUUUUGUGAUAGAAUGAUCAUGUUGACUCAAAAAUAUGAUUUUCAAUCGGAUUUCUCUUUAAGUUUCUGAAUGAUCUGAUUCUUGAUUCUAACAAUUAAUUUUACAUGUGCCAAUCAAAAAUUAUAAUUAAUUUGAAUGCAGCAAGAGAUAUACAUA